GAAAGGGUUAUUCUGCCUUAGCCUGGCCAUAAAAAUACUAUUGGCUGUUACUUGGCACGACCAAAGUGCAGCCAGAAUGUCUUCUCUCUCCAUUCAGUGCAUUUGUUAUUUUGGCUGAGAGGAGGUAAGCCGCACUCUGCACUUGCAGAGCAAAGAUGCCGCAGCAGGACCCGAUUAAGAAGGAAGGGAGGCUGACACUUGUCCUUGCCCUGGCAACGCUGAUAGCUGCCUUUGGGUCAUCCUUCCAGUAUGGGUACAACGUGGCUGCCGUCAACUCCCCCGCUGAGCUCAUGAAAGAAUUUUAUAACGAUACCUACUACAGUAGAGCCGGAGAAUACAUAAGCGAGUUUUCCUUGACAUUGCUGUGGUCCAUUUCUGUGUCCAUGUUUCCCUUCGGAGGCUUUCUUGGAUCCCUCAUGGUUGGCCCCUUGGUGAAUAAAUUGGGCAGAAAAGGGACGCUGCUGUUUAACAACAUAUUUUCCAUCGUGCCCGCCGUCUUAAUGGGAUCCAGCAAAACUGCCAGGUCGUUUGAGAUGAUAAUUUUGGCCAGACUUUUGGUGGGAAUAUGUGCAGGUCUGUCUUCCAAUGUUGUGCCUAUGUACUUAGGCGAGCUGGCCCCUAAGAACCUGAGGGGGGCUCUCGGGGUGGUGCCCCAGCUCUUCAUCACCAUCGGCAUCCUCGUGGCCCAGAUCUUUGGCCUUCGGGGUAUCCUUGCAAACGAGGAAGGCUGGCCGAUCCUCCUUGGGGUGACCGGCAUCCCGGCAGCCCUGCAGCUCCUUCUGCUGCCCCUCUUCCCCGAGAGCCCCAGGUACCUGCUGAUUCAGAAGAAAGAUGAAGCAGCUGCCAGAAACGCGCUGAAGAGGCUACGUGGCUGGGACGACGUGGGCGCCGAUAUAGAGGAGAUCCGGCUGGAGGACGAGGCCGAGAAGGCCGCGGGCUUCAUCUCCGUGCUGAAGCUGUUCGGGAUGAAGUCCCUGCGGUGGCAGGUCAUCUCCAUCAUCGUCCUCAUGGGUGGCCAGCAGCUGUCGGGAGUGAAUGCGAUCUACUACUACGCAGACCAGAUCUACCUGAGCGCUGGGGUGAAAGACCAGGAUGUCCAGUAUGUGACGGUGGGCACGGGGGCUGUCAACGUGUUGAUGACCAUCUGCGCUGUGUUCGUGGUGGAGUACUUGGGGAGGCGAUUCCUGCUCCUACUGGGCUUCACCAUCUGCUUCACCUCCUGCUGUGUGCUGACGCUGGCUCUGGCUCUGCAGGACACAGUAUCCUGGAUGCCUUACAUCAGCAUCGCCUGUGUCAUCUGCUACGUCAUAGGACAUGCCCUUGGGCCCAGUCCCAUCCCGGCGCUGCUUAUCACCGAGAUCUUCCUGCAGUCCUCCCGGCCGUCCGCCUUCAUGGUGGGGGGCAGUGUCCACUGGCUCUCCAACUUCGCUGUGGGCUUGCUCUUCCCGUUCAUUCAAGUGGGCCUCGGACCUUACAGCUUCAUCAUUUUUGCCAUGAUAUGUCUCCUCACCACCAUCUACAUCUUCCUGGUUGUCCCUGAGACCAAGGGCAAGACGUUCGUGGAGAUCAAUCAGAUUUUCACCAAGAUGAAUAAGGUGUCAGAGGUGCACCCAGAAAAGGAGGACCUGAAGGACCUUCCGCUCUCUGUUGUGGGGAGGAAUGAGGAGGCGCCUGUUAAGCGGAUCCGACUGUAGCUUCCCUCUUGGGCAUUUUUUUCUGAUUAAUAGUUGUCUAUGAAUAUCCAGAACUAGGACAAGUCCAGCAUGGAAUGCAGGCCCCACUGGGACUGUCUGAAAGGCUUGUGUGCUGUUCUAAAAGCCAAGCUGUCUCUCUCCAGAUUGACCCAUCACCAACCCCGAAUCACAGCGAGCAGCUGUCCCUGAACCAUGCUGGGUUAGCCGUUGUGUGGCUCCUGGUAACACCAGCUCUUACAGUAAAAAUCAUUACUAGGGUGGUGAGAUGGAAGGAAUCAAAUCUGGCCAGAGAAACUAACUCUUCUUCAAUCCCAUGGGUCUUCUGGGGGCCUCGGGCGUGUGUUCAGAGUGGAAUUCAUCCUCUUAUCAGAUCCAUCUCCAGAAACACCAGUCUUGGAAAGUGUGAUGUCAUAAGUAAUGAUGUCUGAGAAGCUGGGGAACAGGUCCCUAUGGAGACUUUAACUUAGUCAGAGAUGAUCAAUCCUGAAUUAUAUGGUUAGGGGACAAUGGAAUUGCAUCUGUAUACUCAAUAAAACAAAUAAUGAUCACUUUUCA